UUUGAAGUGGAACUGUGAGAGCGUGAGAGCGAGACGCACUUGUGUGAGAUUAUGGAAUGUGAAUGAUGAUGAAUUGAUGAUCCAUUCCAGGGCCUUGGAUGUUGGAACAGGGUAACUAACAGUCAACAAACUAAAAUGGCUUCAUCAACUAUAACCUGCAACUUCCACUAUACCUACAUUCCUUCAACCCUCGCAGCUUCAGCUUCAUCCACAGCCACUCGUUCUUCUUUUCCCUUAUCUGCUUCUUCUUCUUCUUCUUCUUCUUCCCUUUUUCACCGCUACACCCUCCACCGUGCCACCUCCACUAGAAUCCUUGCCAAGUUUGAUAAAUUCCAAGGUGAAACUCCCCUAGACACAGACACGCCUCAGAGUCCAGAACCAGAACCUUAUCUUGAUCGCGAUAAGGAAGAAGAUGACAGUUGUUUGCCUUCAGAUUUGGAGGGUGCGGUGCGACAAUCAAGUGAGGCAGCUGCAUUGUUUGUCUCUUCAGGAGGGAUGAGAGCCAUAGUUGAACUCUUAAUCCCCCAACUGCAAUUUUUAGAUGAUGAAGGUGCACAGGUAGAACUCUGGGAAUUGUCAAGGAUUUUCUUGGAUACACUUAUCGCAGAAACAGAAUGUCAGAGAGUUAAAGCCAUAUUUCCAGAUGCUGGCGCAGCUGCUCUUCUUAAAUACCGGUGGAAGGAUGCUCAGUUUAGAUUUGCAAGCUUAAGUGACCGGAAGCCUAUAGAGAGUGACGAUGAGAUUGUGGUUAUGGUUGUUCCUGAUUAUCAGAUGUUAGAAAGUGUGGAGAGAAUCGCAUCCAAUCUCUCAAGUGAUCCAGUGAGACCCCUUAUCAUGUGGAAUCCACGCCUGAUUAGCGAGGAUGUUGGUGUUGGUAUCAAUGUCCGGAGAUUGAGGCGCUUCUUUCUAAGCACUUUUACAACAGUUUAUCACAUGCGCCCAAUGCCAUUCGGUGCAAUCUUCAGGUGUUAUCCAGGAAUGUGGAAAGUGUUCAGUGAUGACAAGGAUAGGCCAGACAGAUAUUUGCUUGCCAAGGAAUUCAUCAACCGUCCUGAUUAUGCAGAUCUUGAGAUUUUAUUUGGCGAGGAUGAACAGAAGUCAGGACAAGGUCAAAGUUUAUUUGGAAAAGCAGCAAGCAUCUUUUCUUCAAUUAAUAGGUUCAUGAAGGCGAUAUGAUGAUCUUUUAAUACAUUUUCUCAUCAUUGUUGCGUCCCGACCUUAAAUUGUGGCUCAUGUCAAUUUGUGUGAUCACUUCAAAAUUCAUAUUAAAAUAACAUUAAGCUUGUAUAAUAUGCUACAGUGCUACAUAAAG